GUGAGGGAGUGGGGAGGGGAAGGAAGGUGUGUCUGGACAGUCUCUGUGGUGAGGGGAGGCAGACUAGAAAGGGAAAGGAAUCGUGCACAGUACACGGCAUGGAGGAACGGGGGUCUCCCGACGGAGACCCAGAGCGGAGCCUGGAGCAGGGGACAGAAGGACCAGAAACCCCCAUUCAGGUGGUGCUCAGGGUGCGUCCCAUGAGCACCGGGGAGCUGCGUAGAGGGGAGCAGAGUGUCCUGCACUGCUCGGGGACCCGGACUCUGCAGGUGAGCCCCCCGGGGGGAGGCCCCGACGUGGCGUUUCGCUUUGGUGCGGUACUGGACGGGGCGCGCACGCAGGAGGACGUGUUCAGGGCGUGCGGCGUGAAGCGCCUGGGCGAGCUGGCCCUGCGUGGCUUCUCCUGCACGGUCUUCACUUUUGGUCAGACUGGCUCCGGGAAGACUUACACUCUGACGGGACCGCCUCCGCAGGGGGAAGGGGUGCCCGUGCCCGCCAGCCUGGUUGGCAUCAUGCAGAGGACCUUCACCUGGCUAUUGGACCGCGUGCGGCACCUGGAAGCCCCUGUCACCCUCCGAGCCUCUUACCUGGAGAUCUACAACGAGCAGGUUCAGGACUUGCUGAGCCUGGGGUCUCCGCGGCCUCUGCCUGUUAGGUGGAGCAAGUCCCGAGGCUUCUAUGUGGAGCAGCUUCGGGUGGUGGAGUUUGGCACUCUGGAGGCCCUGAUGGAGCUCCUGCAGAUGGGUCUCAGCCGUCGUCGGAGCUCCUCACAUACCUUGAACCAGGCCUCCAGCAGAAGCCAUGCCUUGCUCACACUCUACAUCAGCCGCCCAACUCCUCAGCAGGUACCCCCCAUGGACCUCGAGGAGCCCCCUGUUGGAGGAAAGCUGUGCUUCGUGGACCUGGCAGGCAGUGAGAAGGUGGCAGCCACAGGAUCCCGAGGGCAGCUGAUGCUUGAGGCCAACAGUAUUAACCGCAGCCUGCUGGCAUUGGGCCACUGCAUCUCCCUGCUGUUGGACCCACAGAGGAAGCACAGCCACAUUCCGUUCCGGGACAGCAAGCUUACCAAGCUGCUGGCAGACUCUCUUGGGGGUCAUGGGGUCACCCUCAUGGUUGCCUGCGUAUCCCCUUCAGCUCAGAGCCUUCCUGAGACUCUCAGCACUCUGCGAUAUGCAAGCCGAGCUCAGAGGGUCACCACCCGGCCACAGGGCCCCAAGCCUCCUGGAGCAAAGCCACCCCAGCAAGUAGAGGCUGAGCUGUUGCGGCUCCAAGAGGAGAAUCAUCAUCUGCGGCUCCAGCUGGAUCAAAUGCACACUAAGGCACCAGGGGCCCAUGGGGCUCGGGUGGCCUGGGCCCAGCGGAACCUCUAUGGCAUGCUGCAAGAGUUUAUGCUAGAGAAUGAGAGGCUCAGGAAGGAAAUGAGACAGCUUCGGAGUAGCAGGGACCUGGCCCAGGCAGAGCAGCGUGUCCUGGCCCAGCAGGUCCACAAACUGGAGAGGCAUCUUUCUGUGUGCUCCCUCCCCCAGCAGGGCUCUGCCUCCAUGUGCCCCUGCUCAAUGGCUCCAGCUGCCUCCUGCCAUGCACUACCCCCCGUCUGCUCCUGCUUCCACCUCUGCCCUUUGUGCCGAGCACCCCUGGCGAGGUGGGCUUGCCCGUGGAGAGACUGCCAUGUGUCGCAGCAGGUGCUGGAGCCCAAGGCCCCAGGUCAUGUGUCUCUGUCUUCAUGGGCCCCACCCCAAGCACCUUCACCAAUUUCAGGCUCUGCCAAGACCCAACGAGAGAGGAGCCAUAGUGACUGGACCCAGACUCCAGUGCUGGCAGAGAUGCUGACAGGAGAGGAGGUGGUCCCCUCCGCACCGCCCUUGCCCUCAGGGUCCUGCAUGCCGCCCAGGCUAAGAGGAGGAUCUGGGAUCCCUAACCUGGGCCAGAGGCUGGAGGCCCUGACACAUCAGAGGAGCAGCUCCCUGAACCUCAGCCAGAGGCAGCCACAGGCCAGCGAGAAUAUGCAGAGCCCUGGCCAAGUCCUUGCUCCUCAUUAAAGACUGCCAGACUGGCUCUGUGCACUAGGCUUUCAACUCUCAGUCUGUGAAUGGGAAAGAAAUGUUGCUGGGCAGAGCUGGGGAAUACUAAGGGGGUACAGGGUCCCCUGCCCCAGACCUUCAACCUGAGGCUGGGCUCAGGAGAUGCUGGCAGUGGGUGGGAAAACCUGAAUAAAGAAAGGCAUUGGCUCUAA